AUGAAGAAUAGGAUUUCAACUUGGAAAGGGAAGCUUUUGUCUAUAAGGGAUAGAAUCAUGUUGAUCAACUCGGUCCUUAAUUCAAUUCCAAUAUAUUAUCUUUCGUUCUUCAAAAUUCCAAAGAUUGUAUUAAAGAAGCUUAUAAGAAUUCAAAGAGAAUUUCUUUGGAGUGGUGGUUUGGAGAAGAAGGGGAUAGAGGCAUUGUGGAGACCGAUUUUAGAGUAUAGGUAUGGUUGUUUGGAAGGAGCUGUCCUUGGGAGAAUUACAGAAGAAUUGGUAAUGAAAUCCUCGUUAUGGUGGCGCAACAUAGUUGUUUGUAGGUCUGAAUGUGAGACGACAUAUUGGUUUUUGAAUGGUGUUGUAUGCAUUCUAGGUUCGAGGCAAUCAAUAAAGUUUUGGCAUAACAAUUGGCUUGGUGGUAUACCGUUCAAGGAGGUCUUUCCGGAUGUGUUUGGCUGGUCGAACAAACAAGGCUCAACAAUUAUGCAAAUGGGAGAAUUUCAAAUUAACAACUGGGUGGGAUUAGUCAGGAGAAAGGUGAUGAAGAUAAAUACAAAUGGUUCAAAAGCGAUAAUGGCUCGUAUUCGAAUGGUUUGGAAUGAUAUAGAAACAUGGCUUGGUGUAGCUCUGGUAGAUUCAACAUGGGUGGUGGAGCAUAUGUUUUCAUUUCAUAGGGUGUUGGGUGGGGCGGUUAAAGAGAAUAAGAAAUUGUUGGUUUGGCUUGCCACAGGGUGGGUGUUAUGGAGCAUGAGGAAUGAUAUCCAAUUUAAUUCGGUGGUAUUUCAUGUUGGGGAGGUAGUGCAUAGGGCUAAGUUGCUAUCAUGGUUAUGGAAUAUGUUAGGAAUUCCGAUAAAAGUUACGUGUAAUUUUAUGUUAUGGAGUCACUGGCCGAUUGAUUUCCUAAACUAUUGA